CAGCCACCCCCAGAUCUGUAGAAAGCAAGCAGCUCCCUGCCCCAUAGGUCUGCCUUCUUCCCUCUGCCAGCCCCGCCUCCCCUUCCUCCAGUUCAAAAGCAGCUGAGUGGUGAGAGCCCCACACAGCCCUGAGCCCAUCUCCCAAAGCUGCCACCAACAGAGCCUAGCAAGAUCUUCCAGGAUGAACGGCUUCCUCUUCCUCCUCCUCACCAUCAGCCUCCUGGUGAUGCUUCAGAUACAGACUGGAGUCUUGGGAAACUUGAGCACCCCAAAUAUGGUCACGACGGCCAUGACCACCACAGUGAAACCCAUGAUCACAAACCCGAGCCUCAAUUCCAUUACCACAAAGACCACAGUGAGCAGACUGGCCACAGAGGCAAAUGCCAGAACGAGCACAAAGGCCCCAGUGAACACAACUACCAAAGCUAACAAACUCAAAAAGAGCGGGGCCCCACCUCUCAGCCACGUGGGUGGUGGCAAUUUCCUCUUCUUCUUGAUCAAUACUCUUAUCUACCUCUAUCUCAGCUAAGGUAACAGUGUCCCCUCUAGCUCUACACCCACCAAAACAGCUGCCGCCAUCACUAAUCAGAGGAGCCUUCCCCCCACCCUUGGGUGAGGUUGAAGCCAGGGAUCCCAGGUGGUAGAAACAUAGGCAGUGCUACGUGGGUGAUGGCCAAAGUGGGGAGGUGCUAAGGUGGAAGGGCAGGUGCCACCCAGCUGGGGGUCAAUAAACCUAUCUUUGUGUUUUGC